AUGACGGGACGAAUGAUAUUACAAGCAUUCAAUGAGUAUCAAAUCGCUCGUUUGAACUUCGUAAAAACCAUAUCAGACUUGGCAUCGAGGCCCGAAAACAUAAAUGCCUUGGAAGUUGCUGGUGUACUGAAUCUACUCGAAUCCCUUCUCUUUGACAAAAACCCAUCAGUCCAGCAGCACGCAGUCAUAGCCCUAGGAAGACUAGUGAACUUCAAUAUUCGAUUAGCCGAGGAAGUGAUGAGGCGGAAUGUCAUAACAGAAUUGAUAAAAAAUAUUGAUAAACAAAAUAAAUUCAUGAAGAAAGCUAUUAUGUUUGUUCUCCGAGCGAUUUCAAAGCACUCGAUGGAAAUGGCACAGGCGAUAGUGGACGCGGGUGGUUUGAGGACUAUUAUCCUGUGCUUGGAUGACUUUGAUGCGGGGGUGAAAGAGGCAGCCGCAUGGGCAACUGGAUAUAUUGCUCGACAUGACAAGAUUCUAGCUGAAACAGUGACUGAUGCUGGGGCUAUUUCACUGCUGGUCCUCUGCCUCCAAGAGUCUGAUCUCUGCCUGAAGCAGAUAAGUGCGUCUGCACUCUGUGACAUCAGCAAGCACUCGCAGGCGCUUGCUCAAUCAGUUGCUAAUGCAGGGGCUGUGUCGUUCCUCGCCAGGUCAAUCCAAAAUCCAGAUCCCAAAUUGAAGAGACAAGUGCUCCACGCACUCGCCAAUGUCGCGAAGCACUCGACUGAUCUGGCUGAGGCCGUCGUAGAAACAGAUAUUUUCCCCCAGGUUUUGGUACAUAUGGGGCAUAAUGACGCCAAUGUCGGAAAAGCGGCUGCUGUUCUUGUGAGAGAGAUCAUCAAACACAGUCAAGAACUGUCCCAAUUGGUCGUAAAUACCGGCGGCAUAGAAGCUCUCAUUCAAUUCUUAAAAACUACAAAAUCCACAACGAGACUCCCCGGCAUCAUCGCCCUGGGCUUUAUCGCCGGCCACUCGGCCCAAAGUGCCAUGAUGAUCAUAAGUUUAAAUGGAGUAUCUCAAUUAUCAUCGAUCCUCAAUGAAGAGAAUGAUAGCCACACAGUCUCAACUGCAAUCUGGGCACUGGGCCAGAUAGGAAAACACAGCCAGGAGCAUGCCCAGGCGGUCGCUGCUACCAACAUCUUUCCGAAACUUCUUCAACUCUACAGAUGCAACAACAGUUCCGAGGAUUUAAAACUCAAGAUAAAAUUCACUCUGAAGAAUAUUUUGAAUAAAUGCAUGGAUAUAGAGGUCCUAGAGCCUUUUCUCCUGGUGACGCACCCAGACAUUCUUAAAUACACUCUGGAACAGCUAAGUAAGAUUCUCCCGCAAGACCCCAAGGCCCGGAGACUAUUCGUCUCCAUGGGGGGUCUCCGGAAGAUCCAGGAGAUCCAACUGGACCCCGGCUCGACCCUCUCCCAGUACCAGACCAUCAUCACCUCCUGCUUCCCCGAGGAAAUUGUCAGGUAUUUCUCCCCUGGAUAUCCCGAGACGAUCCUAGCAAUUAUCGACACGUAUAAACCAAAAAUACCACCGAAUUUUGGAGACUCUAAUCGGAUCAGAUCAUCGGAAAAAUCGAUCGGUUCUAUGAUGUCACUGAAUAGUGUCAGUGAAAAAUAUUGA